GCGUCUUUCGUUAUCGCGAUGUGAGCGAUGGGGAUGUGACUCGUUCCCGUCUGUAUGUUAUUUAUGUUCGGUGCCGGUGUCGCAGCUUCACUUCUUCCGUCGCCUGGGUGCCUCUCCUCUUGACGAAAUAUCAGUCGAUUCCGGGCGUCGAAGAUGGUGGGGAUCGCGAAGAGAUUCCUCCUCCUCGCGUGGAAGAACCUGCUGCUGCGGAAGAGACACCCGGUGCUGACCGGCUUAGAGUUCGUCCUCCCUGCGCUCCUCUUCGGCGGCAUGUACUGGAUGAACCUCCAACUGCAGCGAACCGACACCGAGACCCAAUCGUCCGACCAGGAAAUCUUUCCCCCGGAGAACGAGACCGACCUAAUGCGUGACUUCGCGUAUCGGCCUCGCCCCCUGCUCAUCGCCCCCAACGAAACCGACCUGGCCCAGACGAUCAUCGGCUCUCUCAAGGAAACCUACGAAGGUUUCGUUGAGCAAGAUGAAAUCCGCACCUUUCGGACGGAAGAGGAGCUCUUGGCGUACGUGAAUGUGAACCAUAUGUCGGAUUGGUCGACGCCAUCCGCCAUUGUGUUUGUCGAAGGCGACGAGAAAACCUUCCGGUAUAAGAUUAGGAGCAAUACCUUUUCCCAAGGCACCUCCUUGCUCUUUUCGGAAUUCCCAAUGCCUGGACCCAACAUAAUAAACGAUGUGGGCUAUCUCGAAACUUUCAUCCCUCUGCAACUCCUCGUGAACAGUGCCUGGAUCCGAGCCAAGAAUGGGUGGGACCCGUUUCAUCUCAAUCACACCGAGCCGAUCUUCAAAGACGUUCUGGUGGGGGUACGACGAAUGCCAUACCCUAAUUACAAAGGGAGUGUCAGUGAGAGCUUCAUAUCUAUCUUGUUCGGGCUGAUCAUCCCCAUGUUCACGGUCUUCGGCUACCUCUUCGUCGUGCCCGUUCAGCAUCUCAGCAUCGUCCGCGAGAAACAAUCUGGGAUCAAGGAGCUGAUGAAGAUGAUGGGAAUGCCCCGGAGCCUGUAUUGGCUCAGCCAUUUCGUGAACGGGAGCAUGUCCGUCGUCCUAAUUUCGUUCAUUGGGACCAUGUUCCUCAGUGUUGGAGGGAUCCUGAAGGAUUCCGAUGGAUUCCUCAUCUUCCUCCUCCUUCUCCUUUACGGCCUAGCAUUUCUCGGAUUCAGUUAUCUCAUCACUACAUUCUUCCAUAGAUUGUUGCUGACGAUCCCGCUGGCGAUGAUCUUGACGCUGGUGACGUACAUGGCCCCCACGUUCAGUCUGGAGCUCUGGAGGUUCACGGAAGAGUCGUUGGCACCGGUGACACCCGGCUCCGCCGUCGCUCUCUGCUUCCUUCCCAACAUGGCGCUCGUCUUCGGCAUCCGCAUUCUCGCCUACUUAGAAGGAAGCGGAGGUGGACUGACAUGGGCGAACCUGCAACAUCAGCCGUUCGCCGACCAGGUGUCCGUGGGAUUCGUCCUCGUGAUGCUGCUGGUCGACACCGUCCUCUAUCUGCUUCUGACCGGAUACAUGGACGUCAUCAGACCGGGGAAAUAUGGCCUGGCCGAGCCGUUCUACUUCUUUCUGAAACCAUCGUUUUGGUGCCCGAGGCGAAAAGCAAUAAGUGACGGGGAAGAGCUGGAGAGACGGAGUUCAUGGAAUCGAAAGAGCAGGUUUUUCGAGGAGGAUCUCCGAUACCUGAAGGCCGGGAUCGAGAUCAGAAACUUGAAGAAAGUUUUCCGGACGAACAAGGGCCCGAAGGUCGCCGUGGAUGGUCUAUCUCUGUCAGCCUGCGAGGGAGACAUCACGGUCCUCUUGGGUCACAAUGGCGCUGGCAAAACCACCACAAUGUCGAUCAUAACCGGGUUGUAUUCAGCAACGGGAGGCACUGCGAUCGUGAACGGCUACGACAUCCGUCAUAACAUGGACAAGGUCCGAGGCAGCCUGGGUUUAUGCCCACAACACAGCAUGCUCUUCCCCGAACUCACGGUUCAGGAACACAUCAUGCUCUUCGGCCAGGUUCAGUUCUCCUUCCGAUCCUGUCUCUCCCAGAAGAAUUCAGUUGCUUUCACUCCCAAACUAUACUCGUUGCAGCUGAAAGGACUCACAAGAAGGGAAUCCUUGAACAUCGGUCAAGAAUACGCCGCGCGCUUGUCUUUACCUCUGAAUCGUCAGGCUCGUACUCUUUCCGGAGGGAUGAAGAGAAAACUUUCGCUCAUCAUCGCCCUGAUCGGCAAGACUAAGGUGGUGAUUCUGGACGAACCAUCAUCCGGUCUCGACCCCGAGGCUCGCCGAGUCGUCUGGACAAUCCUCCAGGAGGAGAAACGAGAUCGUACGAUUCUGCUGACGACCCACUUCAUGGAGGAAGCGGAUGUGCUGGGCGAUCGCAUCGCCAUCAUGGCCCACGGUCAUCUGCAAUGCGUCGGAUCCUCCAUGUUCCUCAAGCGACAAUACGGGACCGGUUAUACGUUAACGGUGACGAAGACGCCGGGAUUCGCGGAAGGGGGACUCCUGUCCCUUUUGCAAAAGUUCUGCCCGGAAGCAACUCUUAAGAGCAACGCAGGGAGCGAAGCGAGCUACAUGCUGCCCUCAUCCAGCACGCAGGUUUUCCCUUCCGUCCUUGAAUCCCUCGACAGGGCCAAGGCUGAACUCGGCAUCCGAAGCUUCGGCAUCUCCGCCACCACAUUCGAAGAAGUCUUCCUGAGAGUGGGAGAGGGAGCAGACAUCGAGGAUGGAGACGCGAGGAAGACUCGUCCCAUCGCGGAUGCCAGUGGGACCUCUCGUGCCACCACCUCGAGUGAGAACCCUUUAUCCUACAUACUACGACAUUCUUUCAUCUUGCCUCUCGCCAUGGUCGUUGGGGCUCUCCUCAUCGACCGAGCCCAAACCGGAGGAAAUGCAGAUCCCCCCGCGCUGAACAUGAACGUUGAUGUCUACGGAAAGAACUUUGUCCCGUACGAAAUCAAACAAGAUCUUAAUGAAAAUCUCAUGAACAGUUUUCUCGAGGGACUGCCAGAUUCCAGCACGUCUCAAACGAUGGACCCAAGCGAGGAGGACUUCAUCCAGUACUUGCUGAGUAUCGGGUCAAAGGAUGAGUCGGAAUACCGAGUCCGAUACGUCAUCGGCGGAUCCUUGGCAGAAAAUCGAACUCAAGGCAGGAAACUCCCCGCCUUCACUGCCUACUACCAGACGAUCCCAUUGCACAGCAGCGGGAUCGCCGUGAAUCAUAUGAGCGACGCCGUGGCCAAGUUCCUCCUCGGGCCGGGACAUUCUAUCGUCGCUUUCAACCACCCCUACGAGAGCCAAAUGGGAUUGAUGGAAAGCUUCAUGAAUCUCCAAUCGACGGAAGAUGGGAUGUGGCUGGCCUACAUGAAUUCGUCCUUCACUUACGCCUACAUCGUGGGUCUGGGGAUGAUGCUCCUCGCAUGCACCUUCGUCGUGUUUCCCGCCGAGGAGAACGGAUCCUCCGCUAAGCAGCUGCAGCUCAUGACAGGGGUGCGACCGGAGCUGUAUUGGGUCUCUCACUUGGUCGGGGACGGCGUCGUCUACCUGCUCAUAACCGCUGUCAUCAUCGGGAUCAUGGCCGGGAUCGACACCAACGGCAUCUUUGCAGACAAUUACGGCUCUCUCGGUUCCCUGUUUUUACUGCUGGUGCUGUACGGCUUCGCCUCUCUUCCGUUCGCCUACGUCAUCAGCUUCCGAUUUAAGAACAGGGGGACGGCGUUCGCCAUCCAUGCCCUCAUCAGCGUCUUUUUCGGGAUCCCCUUCUUGCCGACCCUGGUGAUGGAAGAUCUGACCGGCAGUACCAAAUUGAGAGAGGCGACAAAGAUCGGGAAGUGGUUCCUGGGUUUCUUCCCUUCCUUUUCUUUUCCGUAUGGCAUGUUACGCCUCACAGACCUGGCGUACAAGAACCGGCGGUGCGAACUCAUCGAAGAUUCCGUCAAAGACUUCGUGUGCUCCGCAGGAAAUGGCUUCUCCGAGUCCUCUCUUUCUGUCUGCUGCGACAACUGCGAGAAACUUGAGCACGGCUGCUUCAAGCCGGUGUCCUACAUCAAGUUGGAAGGGCUGAACAUUGCGGAAUCCCUCAUCAUGAUGGUCUAUUCGGGGCUCUUUUGGUUCGCCUUCCUCCUUCUCCUGGAAUAUCGCCUUCCCCAGAGGGUCUGGGCCCGGCUCUUCUCGUUCGAGCCGCCGAACGUCAACAGAAACGUUCGAGUGGACGAGGACGUCCAAAGCGAGGAGGAACGGAUCAAUCAGCUUCUUCGAAGAGGAGAGACGGAGAAGGACGCCCUGCUGGCGGUGGGACUGAGGAAAUCAUUCAAUAGCUUCGUUGCCGUGGAUCACCUGAACAUAGGAGUCCACCAAGGAGAAUGCUUUGGCCUUUUGGGCGUGAAUGGGGCAGGGAAAACGACCACUUUCAAGAUGUUGACCGGAGCCGAACUCUUGACUAAGGGAGUUUCCUACAACCAGGGAUACGAUCUCAAAAAACAACGGAGCAAGUAUCUAUACCACGUCGGCUACUGCCCUCAAUUCGAUGCCCUGGUGGACGUCAUGACCGGGAGGGAGACUCUGUGGAUGUAUGCUCGGCUUCGAGGCAUUCCGGAAUCCUCGAUCGGGCCGCACGUCGACGCCCUCAUCGACAAACUCGGAUUAGCGGAGUACAAGGAGAAGUACUGCGGGACGUACAGCGGAGGGAACAAAAGAAAGUUGAGCACGGCAGUCGCAAUGGUAGGAGAGCCGACCCUGUUGUUCCUGGACGAGCCGACCUCAGGAGUGGAUCCUGUUUCCAGGCGCAACAUCUGGCAGGCGCUCACCGACUGCACAAAGAACGGACAGAGCAUUGUUCUCACAUCACACAGCAUGGAGGAGUGCGAGUCCCUGUGCCACCGACUCGGUAUCAUGGUGAACGGCCGGUUCCGUUGCCUGGGCAACCCGCAGUACCUCAAGGACAAGUUCUGUCAAGGAUACUCCAUCAAGGUGAAGACCGCGAUAUCCGCGACGGCGGAGGAUAUUGCAUAUCUGAAGGCCUUCCUCACUCACGCCGUCCCUGGAACCUACCUACAAGAUGAAUAUAUGGGACUGCUGAACUUCCGAGUCCUGAACGUGAAUGUAACGUGGGCCCAGCUCUUUUCGGCGGCCAGCGAGAUGAAGGCGAGAUUCCCGGCGGUCGUCGAGGAUUCGCUGGUCGGGGAGACGAGUCUGGAGCAAGUCUUUCUCUCGUUCGCGAGUGAGCAGAUCGGGCCGAGGCCGAAGGCGAGGUGCCGACUUUGUCCUUGCUCCCAGUGACGGCACUUUUGUGUGAGAGGACGGUCGCGAUCAACUGUUGUGACUUUAUUUAUGUGAUUCGCUGCAUUUUAUUGGAGAAGAUACGCGUUGGUUCUUGUAAUGAUGUAGCUAUCGGCGGCUUCUGG